CCGUCAACUCAGGAGAUCAGGAGACGGAGAGCAGCGCACGCGGCCGAGCGGAACGCGCGCGCCCACAGCGACCACAGACCCGGAGACGCUCGCGGCGGAUUGUGCGUGUACGCGCGCGCGUGGGUUGUUGUUUGUGCGGGAUUUUUCUUUUUUUUUUUUUCUCCCUCUCUCUCUAUACCGGACUCCCACUUCUACUUGUUUCCUGAGUAGUUUUUUUUUUUCCUCCUGGAAACGGACAUGUCUUUCCCUCAGCUGGGCUUCCCGCAGGUGUACGGAGUGGAGAGAGCGUCUCCCCCGCGGCAGGACGGCGGCACGGAGAGCGGCGGCGGCGUAGUCGCCGGGAGUCCCGCGAGCUCCGCCGCGGCGCUCGCGCCCUUGCUCGGCGUGUACGCGCAUCCGUGGAGCGCGCACCGAUACGGAGCCUUCAUGCCGUACAGCAGUGCAGAAGCGGCUCUUCUCAACCACAUGGGCACCCAGUACGAGUUGAAGGAGAACCCUGGUGCUCACCCAGCCGGGUUCACGAUGCACACCGGUUUCUACCCGUACGGUCAGUACCAGUAUGGAGACCCGUCGCGUGCCAAGAGCGCCACCCGGGAGACCACCAGUACCCUAAAAGCCUGGCUCCAGGAGCACAAGAAGAACCCGUAUCCCACCAAAGGCGAGAAGAUCAUGCUGGCCAUCGUGACCAAAAUGACCCUGACCCAGGUGAGCACGUGGUUCGCGAACGCGCGCCGCCGCCUCAAGAAGGAGAACAAGGUGACGUGGGGGCGCAGCGCCGACGACGUGGAGGGCGACGGCGACGGCUGCGGCUACGACAGCGAGCGCGACGACGAGGACGCGCCCAACAAGCACGAGCGCGAGGAGGAGAUCGACCUGGAGACCGUGGACAGCGACGAGGACGAGGAGGCGGCGGCGCGCGCGGAGCCGAGCGCGCAAAGCGAAAGCGCCCCGACCAGCCCGGAUGCGUCCGCGGCCGCGAGCAAAGACGCCAGUGAGAAAAGCGUCUCGGCGGAUGUUUCUCUCAGGCCUGUGAACUCCAAACCCAAAAUCUGGUCGCUGGCGGAAACAGCCACGAGUCCCGAUACUAACUGUCCGAAGGGGAGCAGCGUGUCCACAGCGGUCACCACCACGCACCCGGCUUUUUUACCCACUAACGGAAUUUACACGUGUCAGAUCGGAAAGCUGAACAGCUGGACCGGAGGCGCUUUAGGACCUCUGAUCGGUGUCCGAUCUUUAAUGGGAGUGAGUCCAAACAGCCAUUAUAUAACCUCCAGCAUGGUCCAGAGUGAGAGUCCUACACACAGCCUCAGUCCACAACACAACUCAGCAGAUCGAGAACAUCUUCAGAGAGCUGAUUCUCCAGCACUUCCUCUAAGGCCAUCGUUUCCGGUCAUCCAUGACAGGUCUCACCAUGAAACAGCACAGCGAGCGUUGAAGACCGUUUCUUGAAGCCAGCCCUAAAGAACUGACUUUAAAUUAUUACACAAACCCGUUAUCAGAGAGAGAGAGAGAGAGAAAAGUAUCCUACGUCAUCGACGACACCAAAAAAGUAUUUUAUAGCCUUAUGUUUUAUUACGCUGUAUAUCUUUGUAUUUGUUGUUUUUUUUGGUUUUUUUUACAUUGAGCCUCAAUGCAGCAUGUACUGUAUGUGUUUACCAUGUAGCUCAUCGCCAUCCCUUUUUACAGACUUAAAGAAUUAUUUGUUAAUAGGCCAAUGUGUGUAAAUGAUAUAUUUUUGUGUAAUAAACUAAAUAUAAUUAAUAACGA